AUGAUGGAUGUUUAUUUCAGCUUUUUGAUCCUUUGCAUUGCUGCGUCUAGUUUUGGCAUUGGACAUGGCCAAAAGGUUUUUAAUGUGGUUGAUUUUGGUGCCAUAGGAGACGGCCGGAUUGAUGAUACCAAUGCCUUUCUAUCUGCAUGGCAAGCUUUGUGUGGAGAUGAUGUAGCUCAGGGUACACCUUCCCUUCAGAUACCUGGAGGGAAAACAUUUUUACUGCAGCCUGUGAAAUUCCAGGGUCCUUGCAAGUCUGUCUUUGUUCAUGUCCAGGUUCAAGGGAAAAUCAUCGCUCCCAACACCAUUGAGGAAUGGAAUAACUGUCAAGCAGAUUACUGGAUAGGCUUUGUAGGCGUAGCCAAUCUCAAUGUGUAUGGAUCAGGACUAAUUGAUGGCCAGGGUUCGGUUUGGUGGAUGCGUGCUAUGCAAGCCAGCAGCUUAAAUGCUCUGAACUUCGAGAGAUGUGAUGAUCUUCAGCUUAGUGGUCUAACUCAUGUUGACAGCCCAAAAGGCCAUAUAGGAAUCAAUGAUUGCAAUGGUGUCCUUAUCUCUAAUCUUAAUAUCGCUGCACCUGAAAACAGUCCCAGCACGGAUGGAAUCGACAUGGCUAGAUCGACCAAUGUUCAUAUUCAAGAUUCUAUGAUAGCAACUGGCGAUGACUCUGUUGCUAUCAAUGGUGGCUGCUCUUAUAUCAACAUCACCAACAUUGCCUGUGGACCAGGCCAUGGCAUUAGCGUAGGAAGUUUAGGAAAGGAUGGACAGUAUGAUACAGUGGAAGAGGUGCAUGUUCGGAACUGUAGCUUCACCGGGACUCAAAACGCGGCAAGAAUCAAGACAUAGCCGGGAGGAUCCGGGUAUGCAAGGAAGAUUUCCUAUGAGCAAAUCACGCUUGUAGCAUCUAAAAAUCCUAUCAUAAUUGAUCAGUAUUACUGCGAUGGUGUCAAUAACUGCAGAAACUCGUCGACAGCACUGCAAGUCAGCGACGUGACAUACAGUGGCUUCCAAGGAACUGUAGAUGAAGAAGCAAUCAGAUUGGACUGCAGUGACAGAGGUUGUAUCAAUAUUGUAAUGGACAAUAUCAACAUAACCUCAUUGGAUCCAGGAAAAACUACUUAUGCCUAUUGCGAACACACUAGGGGAACAUCUUGGUUUACUGCACCGAAUGUGCCCUGCCUAUCAGUAGCAGGAUACUGA